AUUUAUUUAAGAUUUAGAUUACUUUUUAGGUGCUGGCCUGGCAGAUGUAAGGGACUGUCACCGAAAGCCACAAAUCUGAGCCGUCGACAAGGGUCCACGACACCCAAUCAGCGAACCAGUCAUCAGCCAAUCGGGCGCCCACCGGGAUUUCUCAACUGCACCGUCAUCCUCCUCUCUGUCUGAAGAUCACCGGCAACCGAGACUCACCGUCCCGGCGGUUCUACCACCAAACGCCUCUGUCUCUCAAUCUCUCUUCGCAUCAAUUGUAUCGUAUUUGCACAUCAAACAUACUCCAAACUUAUACGUAUCCGAGUUGCUGGCUUGAGCUGGGACUCAGUGCACUCUGAGUGAGGCCGGGCUGCUUCAGUUCUUCAGAUUCACCAAUUUUCUUUUCCGUCUCGCAUGAUCUAAAGGGACCUCUUCAGGGUACUAGGGCAGUCUGACCAUGGGCAGCGAUGAGAGGGAAAAAUCUCCAAAGGAAGCGAAAGAGCCAAAGCCUCCUAGUUCACAUGAGCAGGCCACAGCCACCAGCACACCCAAUCCAGAGUGGCCAGGGUUUCAGGCGUACUCUCCAAUGCCUCCGCAUGGGUUCUUGGCAUCAAAUCCUCAAGCACACCCAUAUGUGUGGGGAGUUCAGCAUCUCAUGCCACCCUAUGGAACUCCACCUCAUCCUUAUGUUGCAAUGUAUCCACAUGGCAGUAUCUAUGCUCAUGCAUCUAUUCCACCUGGCUCUUAUCCUUUUAGCCCAUUUCCAAUGCCGUCUCCAAAUGGCAUUUCAGAUACUUCAGGUAAUACUUCCGGAAACGUAGAAGUAAAUAGCAAGGCGUCUGAAGGGAAGGAGAAGUUACCAAUUAAAAGAUCCAAGGGAAGCAUGGUCAGUUUGAACGUGGCUGCCGGGAAAAACAAUGAACCUGGAAAAGCAUCUGCAGUAUAUGCUAAUGGGUCAUACUGUAAAAGUGGCGAGAGUGGAAGUGAAGGUUCAACUGGAGGGAGUGAUUCCAAUUCUCAAAAUGGAUCACAGUCAAAAUCCGGAGGCGAAGCAACUCAGAAUGGAGAGAGCAAUGGUCAUGGUAUGGAAAUAGUGCCACUAUCAGCAGGAGCUGUGACUGCAUUAGGUGGUGUUGCUGGCCCCACUACAAAUCUGAACAUUGGAAUGGAUUAUUGGGGCUCUGCUGCUUCUCCAUCUGCUGCUAUUCAUGUGAUCCAAGGAAAAGUGCCUUCUGGCCCAGUUGCUACCGGAUCACGAGAGGGUGUUCAACCGCAACAUUGGAUUCAGAAUGAAAAAGAGCUUAAGAGGCAGAGAAGAAAGCAGUCCAACCGGGAAUCUGCUCGCCGUUCCAGGCAGCGCAAGCAGGCGGAAUGUGAUGAACUGGCACAUCGGGCUGAAGCUCUAAAGGUAGAAAAUGCAUCUCUUAGAGCAGAAAUAAGCCGCGUGAAGAGCGAGUGUGAGCAGCUUAUUGCUCAGAAUGCAGCUCUCAAGGAAAGACUUGGUGAAGCUCCUGGUAAAGAUGAUCCGAGGCCGAGCAGGAAUGAAUCUCCUCCUGGGGUGGGUCCACAUUCAUCAGAUGCAGAACCCUCUCAUAGUGAUCAAUGACUGCUGAAUCGGCUGUUUUGUGGGUGGUUCAUCUAAUGACUUGGUAACAGAAAGUAAUUAAUUGGCCCGUGAUGUUAGUUUUUAAUCUAAUGACUUGCAUUCAGCUUCUUUUUUAUUAUAUUAUAAUCAAAUAUUGCCCAUUGUUUCUCAGUGUACUAAUCUAUUAUGGUUGAGGAAUUCUGAUGAUACACAUACACUUGUAGGAUAGCGAGCCCUUAUUCUGCACCUCUCCUGUGUUCUUUUAUAUAUAGGGUCGGUUCUCUAUUCAACUUGUCAUUAAUUAUUAAAUAAUACUCUGUAUCUUAUUAUUAUUGCUACUAUUAUUACUAUUAUUAUUAUAAAGUUAUGCACUAAUCACUAAUGUGGUUGAAUGUUGGAUUACUGCCUAUAAAAAAUUGGUGGCUGUUUGUAUACUGUUUGCACUUUGCAUUACUUAACGAUACAUUUCUGCCUUGCUAA